AUGGAGGCCCUGUUCCCUGUCUGCCGGCUAGAGAGGGAGAAGGAGGAGUGGAGUGCCCAGAUGCUGAGUUCAGACCCGGCCCGGGACAGCAAGCGGGUGGAGGUGCUGCUGCGGGACAAGGCCCAGCUCCACCUGCUGCUCAAAGGCCUGGAGGCAGAGGUGGCUGAGCUCCGGGCAGAGAGGGACAGCUCCGGCGCCCAGGCCGAAAACGUGCAGAGGAUACAGGUCCGCCAGCUGGCCGAGUCCCAGGCUACAGUCAAGGCCCUGGAGGCGGAGAAGCAGUCACUGCGGCUACAGGGCGAGAGGCUGGAGGGUGAGCUGAAGCUCGGGCUGGAGCAGAACACCUCGCUGACCGGCCGGCUGCACAAGGCCGAGCGGCAGGUCAACCUGCUGACCAGCCAGACCGACUUCAGGCUGGAGAGCGUGAGGGCCAGGGAGGAGGUGGAGAGAGAGAGGGACCGGGGCUUAGCCCUGGGAGGAGCGGGGCUCUGGGGCGUGUUUUAG